AUGGGCGGGCACGACCAGUCUCGGGAUAACCCGCGGUGGCACGCGAACAACAACGUCCUGCAGCGGUUCCUCGCGAGCAGCGCCAGGGUGAACGCGUUGGACGGGCUGAGCAGCUCCGGGUCCGCGGAGGAGGCGCGUUCGUUCACGCUUUCUGUUUUCACACUGGUCCCCGUACGACCCCGUUCGCGCUGUGAACUUCAUUCCUUAAGGACUUUCUCUCCCAGCGCGCGUGUCUCUCCGCCCGCCACCCCUCGGUUUCGAUCCCGACAUACCUCGACGCCUUUCAACUCCAUAUCUGACGCCUUUCAACUCCACCCCGACGUCGGUCGCUUCGCGCGGACCGUCGACGCUCAGAUCUUGACGGGGACGGAGGAGACGCCGCUGUUCACCAUCUACAGCACGGCGUUCCCGGCGAGCAUGACGCCGCCGACGUGGAAGCCGCCGCCGCCGCCGCCGAAGCCGCCGCCGAAGCCGAAGCCGACGGGGAGGGGGGGGGAUUUAGGGGUGGGGGUGAGUAGGGAGAGCGCGACCGCGGUGCGCGGAAGUUAG